ACUGGAGAACGUCCAGCCGUUUAUUCUGAUUUUCUCUGUCGUCGAAAUGUGAGAUGAGACAUCAUCGUUCCUUCGCAGGUUUCCAUCGUUUUUCCUCGCCGCGAGCACGAACAGGAAAGGAAUGCUUUGUCUCGUCGCAGUCGCCUUAAGCUUCGUAGGCUUAGCGACCUUGCUCGUUAAAUUCGCCAAGGCAGAUGGAGAUUUUACGGUGACGUCGAGGGGUCCGCCAAAGCGAGAAGAAGUGGAAGGCAAGGUUGUGUGGAUUACAGGGGCAAGCCGUGGGAUUGGGGAAAUUCUUGCAAAUCAAUUUGCUGGUUUAGGUGCAAAGGUGAUACUCUCUGCUCGAAAUGCAUCCGAGCUUGAGCGGGUGAAAUCUGAAAUCAUCAGUAAUUACCCAGCUAGUAGCAUUGAAGUAUUGCCUUUGGAUUUGGCAUCGGGUGAGGAAUCCAUCAAAGAAGCAGUAAAGAGGGCAGAAUCCUUGUUUUCCAAUGCUGGUGUUGAUUUUAUGGUUCACAAUGCAGCCUUUGAGCGUCCUAAAAGAAAAGCUCUGGAUGAAACUGAAGAAGGACUUCGAGCCACCAUGAACAUAAAUGUUUUGGGGACAAUAACUCUCACUAGCCUUCUUGCACCUUAUAUGCUUGAAAGAGGAAGAGGCCAUUUUGUAGUGAUGAGUAGCGCAGCUGGAAAGUGUCCUGCACCAGGCCAGGCUAUAUAUUCUGCUUCCAAGCAUGCUCUAAAUGGAUAUUUUCAUAGUCUGCGUUCUGAGCUGUAUGACAAAGGGAUUAAGGUAACAGUUGUCUGUCCUGGACCAAUUGAAACAUCAAAAUCUUCUAACGUAAGUUCAUCAGCAGAAGGUGGACUCAAGGAGAAGCGUGUGUCAUCGGAAAGAUGUGCUGAGCUGACAAUUAUUGCUGCAACACAUGGGCUUAGGGAAGCCUGGAUAUCAUAUCAGCCUGUGCUUUUUGUAAUGUACUUGGUGCAGUACAUGCCAACCUUGGGAUAUUGGUUAAUGGAUCGGAUUGGUGCAAAGCGUCUGGACGCUGCUGCAAACAAGAAAAGUGCUUACAGUUGGAAUCUAUUAUUUGGUCAAAAGAAAUCGAUCUGAUGGUAUCUCUAAUCUAGGAGUUCAUUCCUCCAAGAAACAGCUUUACCACAUUAAAUUCCUGUUAGCUCUUCCAAUUUCAAUUUCCCUCAUUUGCUACAAAUUUCUGUAUAAACAACCUUUAGGAUUCAAUAUCUUUAGUUUUAGUUUAUAGGUCUAAGACAACAUCAUGACUGUGCCCUAACAUUGGAGGAGGAAAAUCAUGUGACCUUUAACAAGUUCGGGUACAAUUUCUAGUUAAAUGAUUUGUUUGGCACCAAUGACUUGGUCGAAGCUUGUUGUGUCAAACAUCUUUAUUAUUAUGUUAAAAAUAUCAUGUGUUCAUCAUCUGCCCUGUGUCCUGGGGGCAACUCCUUAUUCUCAAGAAUAUACAUACUGUCUGAUUUAAGUUUA